GGAUAUGUUUUUUUUUUUUGCUUGGCCCUUGCUCGUCCCGCUUGGCCUCAGGCGGCUGUCGUUGUCGGAGUAGGGCUGUCGAGAUGCAUCUCAUCAACGAGGUUGCUGAGCUUUGUCGAUUGCCAGCUUUCGCCUUCGACUUGCGUGAGGGAAGACGCCUUGUUGCCGCCAGCGAGCGGUGGGGCCGGGACCAAGUCUCCCAAGAAGCUCCCGUCGCCUAAAGUGUCUUCUGCUAGUCUUCCUCCAACCUGGAUUUCCUCCCGCCCCUUGCUGACUUCGCUGCUCCGCGCUGCCUCGUUUUCCUCUUGCAAUGCCGCCUUGUCGCCCGUCAAUCUUCCUGCACCAUACUCAUUCCUCUGGAUAGCUUGGUUCCCGUCGCCACGAAAGACAGUCUCGACUUCGAUCGUGUCGGCGGAUCGCUUGAUCCACGUCGCCUGCGUCCUCUUUGGAUCCGAGCGGAGCGGCUCUGGCAGCUCGUCGACUGUGCUUCUCUCGACCGUGAUGGGCGCGGUCGAGUACGAGAUCGUUGUCGUCUGCGUGUACACAAUGCCUACCUCGAGUGAGCGGUGCGGCGCGCCGCUCGAUCCUUCGACGGCGGCGGCGAGAUUGGGCAUUCCGCGCGACAGGAUCCGGUUCCCCGCGCCGAUGACGCCUGCAUCUGGCCCCUGCUCUCCGACCAGCGGUGAUGAAUGCGACAUCUUCUUGCGUUUGUCGCAACGCUCUCGAGAGUCGCACCAACGAUCACUAGAAGCUGCUUACUUGCUUUCGAGCUAGCUGGCUGGCUUCUCGUGGGAUCAGGAAG